AUGCAUUCCACAUCGAUCCUCACAUGCGCCCUGUCGCUGGCUGCGGCCGUCUCGGCGUCGUCUGUGUCUCCCAGGGCCACCACAUCCAACGGGACGAAUGUCGUCUCUGCGAACUGGGACGGCGAGUGCUUCUACCCCAUCUCGGACUCGACCUUUGAUAUCGACACCUACCUGGGCGUCUGGUACCAGGUGGCGGGCUACACGGCCAUCUUCGACGCCGGCUGCAAGUGCAUCACCGCCAACUACACGCUCAACGAGAACGGCACCGUCCACGUCGUCAACCAGUGCCAGGAGCUGGGCCUGCCCAUCAGCAUCGAGGGGACGGCGACUGCUGCCGAUGCGGCCUAUGGCGAUGCUGGUGUCUUUGUGGUGACGCUGGAAGGGUUCGGCGAUGUCUGCCCUGGGCCCAACUACAUUGUUCAGGAAUACGUGGUGGAUGACUAUGCCAUCGUGCAGUCUCCCGACUUUUCGACAUUGUUUGUACUCAGCCGCGAGCAGAACCUGACGACCACCGAGAUUGACACUCUGGUGGCGCGUGCAGUAGCUCUGGGCUCAGACGAAGCUCUGAUUGUGACAGACAGCCAGUCUGGAUGCCUUUACACCUAA